GCUUCUCUCUAUCUCCCCGCCUCUGUAUAUACAUGUACACAUAUAUACACACCCAUCUACAUAUAUGCAUUAAAUAUUCAUGAAAGAUCUGACUUCUGAGAGGGAGAGAGAGAGGUUACCCAGGUCAUCGAACCCGAACAGUCCAAUCAUCUUUAGCUGAUCCAACGCUCAUCAACUCAAGAUCAAACAUCAAAACAAUCCCGCUACACACCCCAUACGCAGUAGGAAAUAAUCAAAUCUUUUGGGAAUGGCAUGGCACUGACCUCCACUCUUCCUUCUUCCCUCAAAACCUCAGCUCUUUCUCUAACCCUCGUCUCUGCAUUUCUUUUCUUCCUCCUCACUACCCCCAAAUCCUCGCUUCCGUCCCCAACCCACCUAUCUAAUUUCCCUCUAAUUCCUGGCAGGCUUCUCCUCGGUACCUCCAACUCCUCGUCCCCAGGGCUAACGAGGGAAACGAACCCAUCUUGCUUUUCUAUCGAAACAGAAAGUACCCACAGUAGCAAUGGCAUCAUUGACUAUUACUUUCUCCAUUUUUGCCUCUUUGAUCAGAACCCACUUCACUCAAUCCCUGCUCUCUCUCUUCUUAUCCUCCUCUACUUCUAUAUCCUUAUCAAAACCGCGCAGACCCACUUUUCUACUGUUACCACCAAACUUUCUUGUCUCCUAAACCUCUCUCCAAGCAUGGGCGCUGUGACCCUUUUGGCCCUCGGCAAUGGUGCGCCGGACGUUUUUGCCUCGGUCGCUGCGGUCCGCGGAGGUCAGUACCGGACUGGGUUCAGCGCGAUAUUGUCGGCGGGGACGUUUGUCUCAGCCUUCGUGGUGGGUUUUGUUGCUAUUUACGCGGCACCAUUCGCGGUGGACCCGGGAUCUUUUGUAAGGGAUGUGCUGUUUUACUUGAUCGGGGCGUCGUUCUUGUUCUAUGUGUAUUUGAGUGGGGAGAUUUUUAUAUGGCAGGCAGUUGGAUUUGUUGGAUUCUAUCUGUUCUUUGUUGGGUUUGUGUUCUGGAUGGAUUUGGGAAUUGGUGGGGGUGGUAAUGGUGGAGGAGGAGGACGAAGAGGGAAGAAUGGUGGUGGAGCUAGUGAGGUAGAGAAAUUGAUUGCUACAAAGGAUUGUGAGAUCGGAGAAACUGAAGAGAAUUUUGAGGUGGAGAAGCAGGAGAGUUCUGGAUUUUAUCAAGUUUGUGGAAUGAUUCCAAAAGUAUGGGAAUUACCCGUAUCAUUUCUGCUGAAGCUCACAAUUCCACAAACUUCACCUUCGGAAUGGAACAGGUUUUACCUAUCCGCCAAUAUUGCUCUUUGCCCUCUAGCUUUUAUAUAUGCUUGCAGUUCAUUCGUGCCAUUAGAUCAUCCUAUAGUUUUCCUCCUUCCGAAUGUCCAUUUCCCUCUCUGGUUUAUAGUACUCUUGGGAAGCUCCUCUCUUGCACUUCUUCACCUUAUUGUGGAAAGAGAACCUCCAAAAACUGAGCAAGUGCCUUUAGUGGUUAUGGCAUUCAUAAUGAGUGUGUUUUGGAUAUCCACCAUUGCUGGUGAACUUCUUGGCUGCCUGGCUGUACUUGGAGUAGUUCUUAAAUUACCACCUGCACUCCUUGGUAUUACGGUGCUUGCAUGGGGGAAUUCAGUGGGGGAUCUUGUUGCUGACAUUGCAAUUGCUAAAGCAGGUCAUCCAGCAAUGGCCAUGGCUGGAUGCUUUGCUGGGCCAAUGUUUAACAUGCUUGUUGGACUUGGAACAGCUUUGGUGAUGCAAACUGCCGAUGUCUUUCCAGAUGCUUAUCAGCUUCAUUUUCAUGUUGGUAUAGUGAUUGCUUUUGUAUUCCUGCUCUUGAGCCUGAUGGGAUCUCUGUUAGUCAUAACUUGGUCUAGAUUCAAAGUGCCUAGGUUUUGGGGCUUCUGCCUUGUAGGUCUCUACGUUGUCUUUACCAUAGUUAGCUUAAUUAUUGCCAAAUUUUCAAGGUGAUGAUCUUUUCAUUUUACUUAGUUAUUGUUAGAUUCAUUGCAUUGACCCAUGAGAAACUCCGUGCCUACUCAAUGAUAAUCAUCUAAAGGAGUAUGUCUCAGUCCGAGGAAGAAGAAUGUAGAUACUAGGGAUAGCAGCUAAAUACAGGCAUCUUUUCUCUUCAGUUAAUAAUUAUUUUCUGCCGUAUCCUUUAGAUUGUUACUUAUUACACGAUUGAAAAUCAUAUCAAGAUGAUGUAAGUUAAUGGAAAAUAGUGAUCGGCAGAAUGUGAUCUUCUGUUCCAGAUUGAUGCAUGUCAACAAUCAUUUGUUCAUUAAUGUACUCUGCUUUGUAAAUUUCACAUCUUGCUGAUAAAUCAUGAAUCUUGAUUCCUAGCUUCAA